AUGGUCGUACCUAUUUUUAUCUUCAUUUCCUAUGGUAUUCCGUCGGCUUUGUUAACGCUUUUGGUGAUGAUUUGCAUUUUACGAGAUCGAUCACUUAUGGAAGGCUCAUUUUAUCGUUGCUAUCUUUUCAUUUUGUUUGUCCACAUCACGAGCUACAUCAACUCGUGGAUUGUUGUCAAAUUUCGAAGUCUCGAAUCGUUUACAUGGAUCUAUUUGGGAAUUCAGGAUUAUUUCCCUCCAUAUCGACUCUUUUACACCUAUCAGUUCGCCUCGUUUUACAUUCAGAAUUGCGCGUUGUUGUUGCUGCAUUUGAAUCGUUUCACGGCGAUUUGGUGGCCGAUCAAGCACAUCAAACUCUGGGGUUUGCGUAACAUUUUCUACCUUGGAUUCGCCAUUUAUGUGCUGGGUUUUUCGAUUUGCUAUGCUGAUUUUUACAUUGGUCCGUUGUAUGUUUUGACGGAUGGAUUGGCGAGAGACAAUUUGGCUUUAUGGCCGGAGGUUUGGCUCUCCGUUUUUCUGAUGCCCCGUCUUGGACACGUGUUUCCCGUUGUCGCUUUCGUGCUGAAUCUUCUGACUUUCGGGAAAAUUCUCUACUUGAGAGUGAAAGGAAAGCAAACAAACGGAGUGCUGGUCGAGAUCAACUUGUUCUUCAUUUGCCUCAGCACUUUUAUCGUUCAGUUGGCCCAGAUGUUCUACUACGAUCAAGCGCUUACUCUUUGGCGUACCCCAGAGAUGAUAAUCUUAAUGGUUGGCAAA